GGUGGUGGUGGUGGUGGUGGUGGUGGUGGUGGUGGUGGUGGUGGUGGUUAGAACUUCAGUUUAUUCCCCUCGUAUUCCUUUUUGCUUUGCUUUUGUGCGGAUCUUUCUCCCGCCCCCUUCCUCCUCACAUUCAUGUUACUCCGGAGUUACAGCUCGAAGUCUGCAAGAGCGUGUCUCGUCUUUCCUAGAUGCUCCAGCCACGUGCGAUUUUUUUCUUCUUUUCUUUCGUUAUAUGCAGGGACAGCAUUUCUUACGGUUGGCGCGUCGUGGAGGAUUAUCACUGCCUGUCUCCGAGUCGCCCUGCAUAUGCCCCCCUCCCCCCCUCCCUCCAUCAAUCCAUCCAUCCUGCCUGCGCUGUGUCGAUGCAGCUCGUUGUCUGGGUCUUGGCUUGAUUGCUUGUCGUUUCCAUUUAUAUUAUUUUCCUUUGCAUACUCGUCGUCGUCGUCGCAUUUACUUCCCGGGUUAUACAUUGUGGCUGCAUGCGUGUCGGGGUUGGUUGGCUGGGGGUUGGGAUCGGUGUUGGCGGGGUUUCAUUCCAAAUCUUUUUCCUUUUCCUUUUUGUGUUUUGUGUUUUCCUUUUCCUUUUCCUUUUUUCUUCUUCUUCUUUCUUCUUUCUCUUUCUCUUUCGUCUUCUUUCGUCUGCCAGCCUGCUUGCUCCUCUUCUGUUGAGGGAGUUGAUUAUGAUCGCAUGGGGUCGGAUUCGCUGUGAUAGUCUGGGGGGAGCAGGGCGUAUAGGUGUUACUGUCUGUCUGUCUGCUGUCUGGCAAAAGAAUAAUGAUAUCUACUACCGUAUCUAUCUUGCAUUACGCUGCGCUACCAUGUACCUACCGUGUCUACAUACUCCGCUGUCGUGUCCUGGGUCCGGUCCGGUCACUCACUCACAGUCACUGGUACUUACUACCAACUUCCAACUGCCAGACCUUCCCCUUCCCUUCCCAUCAACCGAGAACCACUCGCCAGUCUCCCGGCGCCCUCUCGAGUCCCCACUCGCACCUCGCACCUCUCACGGCCAGCGGUCCAGAUCCCCGGUGCGCCGUGUCGUGCAGUAGGCAACUAUGAAAUCAUGAUGGGCUGUUGCUUGCACAAGUGCCCCACCGUGCCCACCCUAACUGGCAGCGUAACUACCGCGGGAGUGGGCUAGGUCGAUGGACUGGAUGGAUGGAUGGAUGGAUGGAUGGAU